UGUGAGCAUUCAAUGCCGAUGGCCAAAUACCAAGCGCAGUACCGCGCUCUGUCGGCUCAGUUUGGUGCUGAAAGGAGUAUUUUUUAUAAUGAUGCGCAUUUGGCGGGCGCAUAUGCCGGCACUUCGCAACAGCAACAGCAUGGCAUUGUAACUGAUCCGGAGAGCGGUGGGCUCAUUAUGAACAUAAAAUCCGAAAAUGGGAGCUGGGAAAGUGAUAAGAAUGAUGAUGACACUCGUGUACUUGAGUCCAGCACGAGCCAAAUUCAUGCCCAGGCGAAUAUAAACGAGGAAACGGGUCAGCCGCCUGUGCUUGGUGCUUCCACCACCGAAGAAGUGCUUCGUCCCGCUGAAGCAAAUGAAGGCUCGCGUCCGGCACUGAAAUUGAAAAUCCAUUUGAAUUCGAUUAGCAUGCUGAAUCGAAAAAACCGUCUUCUCGCAGAGAGAUUUGGGGCGGAGGAGUUGAGGAGAAGUGAAGAGAGGAGAAUAUCGUUAGAAAUGUAUGUAUAUGAGACGCUGCUGAAUGUUCUUUAUCCUGUAGUGGCCGACUAG